AUGAAUAAGCUAAUUAUUUUAGCUAUUGUUUCGGCGAUCGUAGGAGCGAUAGCUGACUACGCACCGCCAAAGUACGAGGCUCCCAAGUACGAGGCUCCCAAGUACGAGGCCCCGACGCAUGAGGCACCGGCUUACCACGCACCGGCUCCAGCUCCUGCCUACCACGAACCAGCUCCGGCUCCUGCUUAUCAUGCACCCGCCCCGGCUUAUCAUGCACCGGCACCCGCUCACCACGCACCGGCGCCAGCCCACUACGCUCCGACUAUGCAUUCGUACGCGGCCAAGGCUCCGGCUGUGAAAUGCGGAGCUAACCUGCUGAUCGGAUGCGCACCUAACAUUGCUCACGUGCCCUGCAUGCCAUCGCACCAUGGUGGUUACGGUGGAGGACACGGAGGACAUGGAGGACACGGAGGACACGGAUACCGCAGCUCGGACUCCGAAGCUGCCUUCGACACACUCGAAUAA